AUGGGUUCUACUUGGUCGUUUGCUGCUUGGGGAAUGGAUAUUUUUGGGCCCAUAGAGCCUCCUGCAUCUAAUGGACACCGUUUUAUCUUGGUCUCUAUCGAUUACUUCACAAAGUGGGUUGAGGCCUCAACACAUAAGGCCGUAACAAAAAAGGUGGUAGCAGAUUUUGUUCAUAACAACUUAGUCUGCCGGUUUGGAAUUCCAGAGUCAAUCAUAAUAGAUAAUGAAGCCAAUCUUAAUAGCGACCUGAUGAGAGAGAUUUGCGAAAGGUUUAAGAUAUCUCAUCGAAAUUCCACGGCUUAUCGGCCACAAAUGAAUGGAGCGGUUGAAGCUGCAAACAAAAAUAUCAAGAGGAUCUUGAGGAAAAUAGUGGACGGUAACAGGGAAUGGCAUGAGAAGUUGUCAUAUGCUUUACUUGGAUAUCGCACCAUAAUCAGAACUUCUACUGGGGCAACUCCCUACAUGUUGGUUUAUGGGUCGGAAGCAGUGAUACCUGCGAAAGUAGAGAUUCCUCUAUUAAGAGUCAUUCAGGAGGUUGGUCUAGACGACGCUAAAUGGAUUUGUAGUAGAAUCAACCAGUUGAUGCUCAUUGACGAGAAGAGACUGGAUGCGGUCUGUCAUGGUCAACUCUAUCAAAAUAGAAUAAUCAAGGCGUUCAACAAAAAAGUUAAGCCUCAUCGAUUCACAUCGGGAGAGUUGGUAUUGAAGAAGAUAUUCCCUCACCAAGAUGAAGCCAAAGGAAAAUUUGUGCCAAAUUGGCAAGGUCCUUACAUAGUUCACCGAGUACUCUAA